CGCCCCUCGAGCCGUGAACCCCUCGGGCUCAGACAUCGCUGCCGCUCGCGAAUUUGGCCGACCGCCCGAGCACGAUCGUAUCGCUUAAGCACAAUAUCAAAGGGCAAUGGACGAGUCGUUCGAAACACACUUAGGCUCUGCCGCGGCAUUUGCUGCCUCGGCCGGCCGAGCAGCGCACCCGUCCCUCUCCGGCCUGUUCACCGCAGUGGAGACGAUUUCGCGUGCCACUUCACCAGGUCUUCCAUGUGGCGAGCACCAGAAUGAAGAGGACAAGAAGCGUUAUCGACCCCGCACCUUCAGCUACUUCCGGCUGCUCCCCUUUGAGGUCGAGGACGACGCGCACCGGGAUGCUGCCCUUCGCGGCAUCCUUAGGAACCUCUACACAUCCAUAAUGGCUGAGGACUUCUCCCCCGGGGCAAUGCAUUGGACGCGCGAGCUUCAAGGGUGGCUGAAUCUCAAAUUCGAAAUGACAAGAGACCUCCGCGCUCGCUUGGUUCACUUGUACUACCAUCUUGCUCUGGCCCCCGGUCUAGACUUCACCAGCGCGGACCGCUUUUCGCGUAUGGUUAUAACGCUGACCAGGAAAAAGCAUUACCUGAGACCUGGCGAAGACCUCACCCUCGACUGGCGGCCGUUAUGGAAGGAGAUCAAGGCUCUGGUCUUACCGCAGGAAGGUGCCUCGCACCAGUCUAUGAGGAGACGAGCGCAAAAACAUCUUUUGAAGUUAUGUUUGCACACAAGCUCUUACUUUGAUCCAGCAGAGCGGCGGGCUAUUCUGGAGGAGGUGCUUCCCUAUUUCAGCACCUCGGCCACCAUGUCAAACGCCUACAUUGUCGUCGGUGUCCUCAACGCGAUGUUGCCCACCGGCCCCGCACCGCCCACUGAGCCACAAUCACAGCCAUCAGACUUCGUUCCGACCUUCUUCCACUUAUGGUCUCUCAUGACGCGGUCGAAGGUCUUCGACGUUUGUUUCAUUGACAUCUUCUCGCGCAUGGCUCGGGACUACAUGGGCUGCACCCAUGUUCCCUUUACUGAACAUGGCAUCUUCACCCGCGAGCAGUCUGACCUUAUCUUCACGGCCAUCCUGAGAUUGACUGAGAUUCCCGUCGGCCAAGCCAAUUCGCCGUACAGUAGUCUCGAUUACGCUUCAGGGUUAGGUGCUUAUUUUGAGAAGGAUAGGAAGAAGUACCCUGUCCCGUACAUGAUCGCGCGCUGGAUCACACACUCCAUGUCACCUCUGUGCCUAGGGCGGGAGAGCUCUGUUCUGGCCAACCUCGAAGGGCUGAUGGAGUCCAUUGACACAUUCUUCCACCCGUCGAACCAAGGGUCAUGGACGGUUUUCCUGGCCCAGCUUACGUUCUUCUUGACGGACAUCUUCGUCUCGCGCUGGAACCGCGAGCAGAGCGGCGAGCUGGACGUGCCCCCAGAACGCAAGAUAAACGACGAGUUGAAGAAGCGUUUUGUUCUCUCCCUUAAGGAAGUGACCUUCAUGGGCCUCUUCUCCAAGAGUAGCAAAGUCGUCAACUACUAUUACUCGGCCCUGCAAGGGCUCGCCUACCUGGAACCAGACCUGAUGCUGCCUGGCGCUCUCCAGCGGUUCUACCCCAGCCUGCAGGGGCUCGUCGAGGUCCACCGGACGACAUCUAGUCUUUGCGGCCUACAGGUGGUCGCCAACAUCAUGUCGAAGCACAAGGGGUACCGCUGCCAUAUCACCGCCUUACUGGCGCUUGCGCUCCCUGGGAUUGAUGCGAACGAUUUGGGCAAGACGCAAUACACGCUCAACUUCAUCCAGAGCGUGGCUUACAGCAUCCCAUUCGUCCCAUUGGUCCAUGAGGGUGAUGACAUCCACGACACGAGCCUUGCGAUGCAAUGGGUGCAGGCCGAGAUGGAGAGAAUGGAGCGUGAGGGGCAGGAUGUCAAGAUAUGCUACAGGGAAGAGCUGUCAGACGAGGAUGAGGCCCGGAUUCUGCGCUCUUCAACUGCGGGCCUGGGCGAGUUCGUCUUGGCACUGCUGGGCAAGGUCUUCGCCUUGCUGGAGAACCUCCCGGAUUCAAGCCAUCUCCGCACGGGCUCCCCGGAGGACAAUGUCAUAAACACGCUCCCCGCAGCUCUCACGCCCCUCUUCGCUUCGCUUUCUCCAGAGCUUUUCGACAUGGCCUUGGAGAAGCUGGCGGCAUUCGUUUCCAGCCACGUCGUCCACCAAGCUCGUGAUGCGAUGGCUUGGAUCUGCAACGCCCUGUGCAAGGUCAACCCUAAGAAGACCCUGAAGGUGUUCAUUCCCAUGCUGAUCGUCAACAUCCGCAACGAGAUUGAUUAUAACGGCGCAGCAUCGGACCGGAGCAGUGGCACCGAGGUGCUCCCUAGGGAUCGGGCGCUUGUCUGGCACGUCAGCAUGUUGAGUAUGUGCGUCGUUCAUGUCGGCGCGGAGGUCUUGAAGUACAAGAAGGAACUCUUCGAAAUCGCGCAGUACAUGCAGGAGAAGUGCCGGGGAUUGCCCACGAUCCAUAUCUCCAAUUACAUCCACCAUCUGCUCCUCAACCUGACGCACACUUACCCUAUUGACAACGGGCUCUAUGAACCAGACGUCAUCGCUCGCGGCCUGAGCAUCCAUGACUGGGGUCGCACAACGGCCCCGUCGGAGCUCACCAUAAAAUGGCACCGCCCGUCGCCUGCCGAGAUCCUCUUCGCGGUGGAACUCUUCGAGAGUCAGACAAGAAGCGCCGUGGAGAGGCUUGAGCAACUCAUGAGCGACAAUCCGCCAGUCAGCAGGAAAGGGAAGAACAAGGAAUGGUCGGAUGAGGUAUCGCGGAGUCUGACAGCCCUUCGGUUGAUCAUCUCCGGCGUUGCUACCCUACUCGACCCGGCCCGCGCCUCCGGGGAAAAGACCAGCCAAGCCGCAAACGGUGAUAGAAGGACAGAUGGAGACGGUGACGCAAUGAUGGAGGAGGAUGACGAUCCGCUCGCCGAGGUCGCGGACGACGACGAGCUCAAGCGCCAGUUCCACUAUCCCGCCGGAUAUCUUCUGAGUCCCGAAGACCCGGUGUACGACCGUAUCCAUGAUCUGCGUGAGGAUAUCGGAAGGCUCCUUUCGAGGACCCACGCCUUCCUGAAUGCGAACCAGGAGGACGAUGUUGCAUGUUUCACCGCGCUGUAUGCAGCGUGCAGAACUUGGAUCACGGAUGUCGGCAUCGAACGUUCCGCACAUCCGCUCGAGCGACUUGUCCGGUUGUACAAGGCUGAUAUUUCACCCUUCAAGAUCAGCGGACUGCGAAAGGUGUACCCGCGCCCGCUGCUCAUCAAACGGGCCGAUGCAUACCAACUCCAGCGAGUCAAGUAUAACUCGGCCUAUCGCAAGAAGAGCGAGCUGGAUAAGCAGCUGCUUCUCGACCUCGCUGAGUCUUGCACAUCCUCGUAUGCAGACGUGCGCCGCGUAGCACAGGGCGCCCAGGAGUCCUCGCUCAAGGUGCUCCUGGGAGGCCGGCCACUCGUCAUCCCCGUGAUUCUGGACAGGCUGCGCAAAGCGCUCGAGAAUAACGACCACGACCGCAUCAAGGGAGCAAUGUACACGCUGCUCUUCACGACUCUGAUCAAGACGGCCAUGCGGGACUGGCGAUUCGCCCCAGACCUCAUGCGACUGUACAUCCAGACCGCGUCUGUCGACAAGGCGUCAAUCCAGAACCUCGGGUCUUCCGCCCUGUAUUCGCUUCUCGAGUUUGGAAAGCCCCUUGAGCGCAUGAUCAUCUUUGACCGGGAUGUCGUUGAGACUAUUCACCCCGCUGAGGACUGUUCGGCCACGAUCAAGCGCCGAAACGACUUCAUCAAGGAACGUCGCAAAAAGGUUGAGGCGAAAAAGGCCUCCCUGGGCGUGGAGCUCACCAAGAAGGCGCGCGAGUCCCACUGGAAGAUCGCAAACAGGUGCACGAUAUUCGCGCUGAAUCUAUCCUUGCGAUUCGAUACUCUCGCCGACCCGGAAUUCGUCGACCUCGUAGCCAGGGGCGCCAACGACCAGCACCCUAGUCUGAGGUCUAAUUUCUCGUCGGCCUUCUCAACCAUCUUCGCGGCUGUCGACAUGCGAGCCGUGUACGGUCACGACUAUAAGAAGUUCCUGACCGAGGACGAGAUCGACGAGAACAAGUUCGAGAUCUCAGUGCCCAGUGACGACCCCCUCGUGACCGAGAAGUUCCUAGCUCAGUUCGAGAAGUAUGAUGACGACCCCGACUACUUUGUUGACAGCGACUACGCAGGGUGGUUGGUGUGGGGGAAAAAGAUCACGGUCUUCCGCGCCAACCCCAAGCCGUUCCUAGCAUACGACGAGCUCGAAGAGAAGGUGCGGGACCAACUCGGACAGAUCAUCACCAAGGACUGGUUCAAGACAUGCUUCGGCUAUCUCAAGCAGGAGCCGAGGGACGCUGGGGCGGAUCGCUUCCGGAUGCAGAAUCUCAUUCUCCUUAUGAACGUUUUCGAUUUGAUGCACUACGGCAAGACGGUCGCCACGUUUGACGACGUUGUGGAGUUGGUCAAGGAGGUCUAUGGGGACGGCAGCGAUAAGCACCAGCACCGGGCGACCGCCGAGAUCCUCGGGGCGUUGCUUACGGGAAGCAUUGACGACCCCAAAGAGAUACGGGACCGCGUCUGGGGCUUCGCCGCUCCGAUGAUGCUCAAAAUCAUCGCGGAUGACCUGACCCCUGACAACCUGCCACACUGGAUGACAUGUUUGCAUGUCAUCAUCGACGGGAAGGAUCCCCGACGGUCCCGGGAACUGACCGAAGCGUUGGCAUCGUUCCGGCUUGACAGGAACUCGAAUGCGGCCUUCAAGGAGUCGUCCAAGGUACAGCUCAUCGAGUUCAUCAUUAAUGAUGCCGGGUGGCAUUUCCGUCACGAGAAGCCGGUGCUUGAAGACUGCCUUGCGCACCUGGACCACCCAUACAAAUCGGUGCGGGAGUCCAUCGGUAGGAUCAUCGCCACCAUCUACCGCACGCGGUACCACGAGUCCUUCAAGGACGUGUCGACCCUGCUUGAGCUGAACAAGGCCGAGUCCUCGAUCGGCAUUCGCGCCUACCAGCCUUCCGAAGAGUUCUCCGCCACCAUCAGGGACGUGUUCGCCCGCCUCGAGAAGUGGCGCCAAGAGCGGACUCCAGGGCAACAAACGCCCUCCAGCUAUACCUCGGGCUCGAAGACGGUGCUUAUCUGGCUCGACAACAUGCUAUCCUCGCACGAAUGCAUGCAGCUCGUGCCCUUCUUCCCGGACCCAUUCAUCGACCAGCUCCUGCAUAUGAUGGACGUCAAGGAAGACCCGGAGCUCAUGAAGCUCGCCUACCACGUCUACCGGCACCUGCCCAACAUCCCCUUCCGCUCGGGCGAAGACGACGCCUUCAUCGCGGCCCUCAUCCGCGUCGGCAAGACGGCUGCUUCGUGGCACCAGCGCUUGCGCGCCCUCGUCAACAUGCAGGUCGUCUACUUCCGCCGCCUGUUUCUCACACAGCCGCAGCAGCGCCAGAUGCUGUUCGACGCGGUCGGCGACAUGCUCGGGGACCCGCAGCUCGAGGUCCGCGACUGUGCCAGCGCCACCCUGGCCGGCAUGAUCCGCUGCUCGCCCGCGUCCAUCCGGAACCCGAUCAUCUACCAGCUGAAGGACCGCUUCGAGCGCGAGCUGCAGCUGAAUCCGAUGCCCAAAAAGAAGGUGCCAGGUACCGACACACCCGUGGACCUCCAGAAGCAGAUCGUGCGGCGGCACGCCGCCGUGCUGGGGCUUGGCGCGCUCAUCGAGGCCUUCCCCUACGCCACCCCGCCGCCCAAGUGGAUGCCCGAGGUACUGGCGCACUUGGCGUCGCGGGCCGCGAGCGACCCGGGCGUGGUGGGCAAGGCAACCAAGGCGAUUUUGGCCGAGUUCAAGAAGACGAGGCAGGAUAGCUGGGGAGUGGAUCAGAAGUACUUCACAAGUGAGCAGCUCGAGGACUUGGAGGGCGUGCUCUGGAAGAGCUACUUUGCGUAAGCAGACGAUAGAGGGUAUGCUAGGGUUGGGGGGUGGCGGUGUGGCAGAAGCACAGCGGACUGUCUAUGCAAGGAUUAGCGCUAGAGAUGAAUACGUUGUUGUUAGUAUAGCUCAAGAACAAGGGACGGGAGCAUAACCAGAUGCAUAUAUGAAUGCCCUCGUUGCAUCGUGGGAAGUGUUGUUCGGGUGGGUGGGAUGGCUUAAUGAGGGGAGAAGGUUAGAAUGGAAAUUGGGCAUUGAUGCAAGGGUAGUUCUUCAAAUAGGCCUGUGUAUGACUAUCAGUCGGUUAUGUUUCCCCGAUAGAUGGCGAAGGCUGGGGGUGGUGCGGUGUUGGAUGGACAAGGCCUGAAGAGCAUUCGAAUAACAACAGAGCGUUCUGUCUGACCAGAAUCCUGAAUGCAGCUGGGAAUACACAGAAGAGCAAUAUUCUACUUGUUCCGGUUUGUGUGUAGCAAUUCACUCAUGG